UUUCAUUGCGCCAAAUUAUUGUUGGAUUGGACAUGACUGAUUUUGUGGCAAGGUCCGCUUCCACUCCUGAAGAAACCAAUAGUUCAGCAAAUGUUGUUUCAGGUUCCGAGAACCCAAGAAACCCUGUCAUGAACUUUUUUAGUGACAGACUUCCUACUGCGGCAGAGAUUCGAGAGCGACUUUUCCAAGUGUGGAGCAACUCCCAACCUUGGAAUGAGUUUCUUAACACGUCACAGAUGAACUUGCCGCCUUUUUCGGAACUGAAAGACAGGCUACAACAGAACUUGACACACUAUGGACACAACUAUGCUGUUAUACUCUUGGUGUUAAGUGGGAUUACUGUCCUUGUGAGUCCAUUCGCCAUUUUGGGUCUCAUUAUGAUAUUUGCUGCAUAUUUGUACUUGUUCGUUUUUCACGCAGAUGCUCUCGUAUUUGGAAACUUGCAACUGGAUAAUCGAGCCAAAUCUAUUUUUCUGUUAGUCUUCUCUCUGUUACUUUUAGGGCUUACAGGAGCAGGUGCAACCUUUACCUCCCUCGUGGCUGUAGUUGCUCUUAUUGCCUUCAUUCACGCCACUGUUCGAAAGCCGCCUGGUGAGGCAGAUUUCGAAACGGCAUAUACGCCUGCAGUUGUAUAAAUUCAACCUGUGUUGUUGUUUUUGCUUUGUUCAUCCACGUCCUACGUUGGACUUGGUUGUUAUUAGCUCCGACACCAUGUCGUCUA